UCCAGUAGGGAGGCUUGAAAAUGUAUCAUGCUUAACCUUACGUGUCAACAUGUCAACCGGCUUUAGGAAGCUCGCAAAUUUCUGGAUUGUAUCCGUCCUGUUGUGCAUUUUACUAUAUACCAUUGAUGCUGCAAAAUUUGACUAUGAAUUUGUGACAUGUGGUUCAGUGUUGAAGCUUCUUAAUACAAGAGCAAGUGUGAGGCUGCAUUCUCAUGAUGUAAAAUAUGGGUCUGGAAGUGGACAACAGUCCGUGACUGCAGUGGACAGUUCAGAUGAUCACAACAGUUACUGGCAAGUUCAGCCUAAGAUGGGUGGGCAGUGUACUAGAGGAAAUCCAGUAAAAUGCGGUCAGACCAUCAGACUGCAACACGUCACAACACAAAAGAAUCUGCAUAGUCACCAUUUCCAGUCUCCUUUGUCUAGAAACCAGGAAGUCAGUGCAUUUGGGGAUGGAGGAGAGGGUGACGAAGGUGACCACUGGGCAGUGACGUGUAGUGGGAAGUAUUGGUCCAGAACUGAACCUGUACGGCUAAAACAUGUUGUAACAGAACAUUAUUUACACGUCUCCGGGGACACAUUUGGUCGGCCCAUCCACGGCCAGCGUGAGGUCAGCGCCUACCAUUCCCCCUCAGACGCCAACCUGUGGCAGGCCAUGGAGGGCAUCUUUGUGAAACCAAACUCUGGAUCAAGUAGGGACUCUGCUAGUAAUAUUGAACAUGACGAGUUUUGAUUGGACGAUAGGAUCGGCUGCUAGAAUAAAUCUUAGGUUAUAUUAUAUAAAAAUCUGUGGACUGAUUUUGUAUGUGAGGAUGAUAACGAUCAUGUUAAAAGUUUGGAGGGGGAAAGAAUUUUGGAAAGAGAGGACAGCAUUGACUGCUACCAAAGACUAUGGAUUAAGAAAUUCUUUAAUGAUAUUUAUGAAGAAUUCAGGGAGAGUAAAGAAAACUACUUUACUGCCUUACUGAAUGGGUUUUAUGUAACAGUUACUGUCUUUUUUUUUCUUUGUUUAUCUUUAUGUGUUGUGGGAAGUAUACAGUUGCAAGUUUUGAUAAUGUUCUGAAUGCACAUUUAUGUUCCUCCUAUAGUUCUAUUUCUUCUUCUGGAGUGACCGAUAUGGACUGAAAUAAUAGACACACGUUUCACGGAUUGGACCAUCAGUCGUCAGUAAAUGAAUCAAGUGUAAAUAUUAUGUGCUUUAUUUACAUGGAGUCUUCUGCUGUAUUGCAGGUAAUUUUUUACGUGACAGCUUGCUCUUGUGUGUUUUACAAAGACUAUAUAAAUCUC